AUGCGUACUCUUAAAUGGGAUCCAUGGUUUGAUCCGGAAAAAGAAACAUCAAUAGCAAUUGCAUGGAUAUCUUUUCCAUAUUUGCCUCCAAACUACUUUGUGAAGGAGCGGUUUUUCAUUAGUCAUUGUGUGGUGAUUCAUUCGGAGUUAUAUCCUAAGAAAGAAGAGGAAGAUGAUGGUAAGAAGCAAGAGGGUAAGAAGGAGAAGCAAGCACAAGAUGGAAAUACUGGUGGAGAAGGUUUAGUCAAUCAAGCUAAAUCUAAGCAGAAUAAUAAAAUUGAUAACAUGGAUCAUAGAAAGGAGAGGGAUGCAAGAGGAAAAAUGGUUGAGGCUCAGAUCAAAAUUGCAAACAAAUGGAUAAAAGGAGAUGAGGAUGUUGAAAAAUCCAAUGCUGAGAAUCAAGUGGAGAAAAUCUCUACAAAGAAAUGGAUUCUAGAUAACUUUGGAAAGCAGUUUAAUGAGAAAGAAGAGAUUAUUCAGCAGAAUUCAGGUGCAAAGCAAGAUGACAUCAGUAUCAAACAAACUGAGGGACUAGCAGUAUCAAAGAACAGCAGCAACAAUGGGGAAAACAAUGACACUCCUAAGAAGAAUUAUGCUAGUAGUAAUGGUGAAAAGAUUGAUGGAGUUGGAGCUACUAGUGGUGAUAACAAUAAUAAUGAUAAGGGAGUUAUGGAAGCUGAAGUACUUGGUUACAAUAACAGUGUAGGGGAGGAGAAUACUUCCAUGGUUGAUAUAGUGUUGGUAGUAACAAAUUUCAUAAUAGAAGAAGCUGAGGAGGAGAAACAAGGUGGAUUGCCUGUAUCAACUAAUGAAAUAUUAGACUUUACAAGUUGUAUUCAAACUUGUAGUCUAAUAGAUGUGAGAUAUUCUGGAAGUAAAUUCACCUGGUGGAAUGGAAGGACAAACAAAGACUGUAUAUUCAAGAGGCUGGACAGAAUAUUGGUAAAUCAACAACUCCUGGAUAUUAUGCCAUCCAUUUCUGGAUCACAUCUGAUUAGGCAUGGAUCAGAUCAUGCUCCAUUACAUCUGGAGUGUAAUUGCACUGACAUACCAAUCGGGAAACCUUUUAAGUUUCUCAACUUCUGGACUAAACAUCAAUCAUUCAUGGAGGUGGUGAAAUUGCAUUGGAAAGCUGAUUUUAGUGGAAAUCCAUUUCAUAUAGCUACCAUAGAAGAUACUAUAAAGGUGCAGGAAUGGCAGUUUGAAAUGAAUCCUACAAGGGAGAACAAAAGUACUCUACAACAAGCACAAGCUAAACUCACUAGAUACCUGCAUUUGGAAGAAGAGUAUUGGAAACAAAAAGCAGGAAUGGAGUGGUUUAAUGAAGGAGAUAGAAACAAAAAGUUCUUCCAUUCAUAUGUAAGAGGAACAAGACGUAAAUUGGCCCUUGAGAGGAUUCAGGAUCAGAAUGGAGUAUGGGUAGAAACAGCAGCUGAAUUGGGAGAUGAGGCAAAAAUGGAGGAAUUACCAACAGAAGGGGAGGUCAAGGAAGCUGUAUUUUCUCUUAAUAGUGAGAGUGCUAGUGGUCCUGAUGGCUUCACAGGACUCUUUUAUCAAAAAUGUUGGGACACUAUUAAAGAGGAUGUGAUCAUGAUGGUGUUGUCUAAAGUUCUUCAUAAUAGAAUAUCAGAAGUUCUUCCUAGGAUAAUUUCUUCCAAUCAAACAGGCUCUGUGAAUGGAAGGAUUAUUGUUGAGAAUGUCUUACUGGCACAAGAAGUCGUCAGAGAUAUCAAUAUAAGAGCAAGCAAUACUAAUGUGGUGAUCACGCUUGACAUGACAAAGGCAUAUGACAGGCUAUCUUGGAUCUUCCUAACCAGAGUUUUGAGGCAAUUUAGCUUUGGAGAAAUAAUCAUUGAUAUGGUGUGGAGAUUGAUCUCAAACAACUGGUAUUCAGUUCUUAUCAAUGGUCAAAGUCAUGGUUUUUUUAGGUCAAGUAGAGGAGUAAAACAAGGAGAUCCAUUGUCAAUUACACUGUUUGUUAUAGCUGUUGAAGUGUUAUCUAGAAGUUUGAACAAAUUGCAUGAGAAACCAAAGUUUAUAAGUUGUAGUAUGCCUAAGUGGAGUCCUCAAAUAAAUCAUUUGUCCUAUGCUGAUGAUACAAUACCGUUUUGUUCUGGAGAUAGAUAUUCUGUAAAGAAAAUGAUGAAAACAUUAAGGAAAUAUGAAAAAGCAUCUAGACAGAUGGUGAACAAUGAGAAAAGUAGCUAUUAUACUCAUCAUAAGGUGUCUACAGGAAUUAAUAAUAUAAUCAAAAGGUAUACAGAAGCAGCUGAGGAGGAGGAAAUAGAAGUAAAUCAUUUUGUGCAUGAAGGAGAAUGGAACUUUGAUUUGCUUCAAAAUACUCUGAAUCAAGAACUGGCUCAGAACAUUAGAGACACAAUAAGAAUUCCUAUAGACUGGAAGGAUGAUGAUCCAUGUUGGAUAUUAGAACCUAAUGGUCAGUUCACCGUUAAAUCUGCAUGGGAUUUCAUCACGAAAAGGGAGAACAAGGUAGAUAAUUAUUGCAAUAUAUGGGAGAAAGAUAUUCCUAUCAAGAUCAACUUCUUUAUGUGGAGCGUGUGGAGGGCCAGGAUAUCAACAAAUGACAUUUUGAAGAGAAUGCAAAUUAACUUGCCUUCUAGAUGCUGGUGUUGUGAGGAUCACAAGGAGGAGACAGUGACUUAUUUAUUUCUGACACCUUCCAUAGCUGCAAAGCUUUAG